AUGAGCCCCGGGUCCGAGUUGACGGUUUUUCGUCGCACAGGGUUCCCAGCCGCAGCAGCAGCAGCCUACGCGGCCUACGGACGCGGUCUGGCAGCAUACCCGGGCAUCGGGUUCCCAUACCCAGCAGGUAACGUGUCGUCUACGUGUCACAACGUGCCUGUGCUCCCGUUCCCGUUCGAACCUAGGGUGUUGAACUUGCAUGCCAUGCCCCUGAUCACUGGACACCCAAAACUUAAGCCAGUACCUUUGGAUACCUUCAUGUAG